AGUUGCUUCCAGUGGGCAUAUUGAGGGUCGCCACAAAGAUGCAGCGGUGGCUACAGGUCACACGCUGAGAGGAAUAAGACUGUGUGAGAGGAGAGAGAAAAGAUGAGGGAGACCGUUUUGUUCUAUGGUCCUAGCCUAAGAUAUUAACGUUUAAUUAUUCUAUAUUUAUGAAUUGAAAUGAAACAAAAAUGAAACUCGAGUUAUUCCGUCGGAUAUGCGUAAUGGUUUUAUUAAGGAAUUUAAAACAUCAUUUGUGAUCUGAUAUUUAUUUAACAGGUUUCUGGACAGCUGUGUUUAAAUGUUUGUCAACACUUUCAUAAUUGUGUAGUGUUAAAUUUUUGAGCAGAACAUUUUACGAGUUUCUUAUUUUGAAUAUUUGCCACACUUUGUCACGAUGUCGAAGGACAAUAAAUUGUUUGUUAAACCAAAGGUUAGAUUUUGUCAAACUGAUGUUGAUAAAUUGAGAAAUGAUGGACUAAAAUCUUCAAUAGAUCAAACAAAUACUGCCCAGUCGAAUAAACCAAGAAUUAGAAGUAUUGUGACUCUAGAUAAACCUGUUAUAUUAAUUAAACCGAAAAAACAAUGUGGCAAUCAAGAAAGUAAAAAUUUCAAAUCUAUCAGUAAUGUAAAAAAGACUGAAUCGUUAGGAGUAUCUAGCAAAACGUUUUCUCCUUGUACAAAUCAAAUUAUACCUUGUUCAAUCGAUAAUUCUGUUAGAGCAGAAAAUCCGAAACCCCUAAGUGAUGUUAAUAAUAUUCAAAAUAUCCAAGUAAAUUCAGAGAAGACUCAUGUAUCUAAAGGUUCUAAUGAAUCCCCAAGCAAUGCUGCAACUUUUUCAGCACCUUUAGUCACACCAAAUGAGAUUUCUGAUAAAGUACCUAAGUUGCAAAACUGUGCCAAAAGAAACAUUUCGAAAACAGAUUGCGUAAAAGAUAGACAAGAAAAAGAAAAUGAUGCUUUAGUUACUAAAAAGGGUAUUAAGAAUACAAUUAAAAGAACAGUAGAUUUAAAAGUUGCAUGUUGUAAAACUAAAUCUGGUCCUGUUAUUUUUAAUAAAGAGAAGUCAAAUGUUAGAUCUAAACCAUCCACUACUUCAGUUGGACCUAAAAAACUGAAUACAAAAUCUACUACUAUUAAUGUUAUGCCAUGCCAUAAGUAUGGUAAAGUUACAUCAAAGAGCAAAACUUCUACUGUUCAGACGACUGUUGUAAGAGACAUAAUUGGUCCCAAAAUUAAACCUUAUAUUGGUCCAGGAAUACAACGUAAAAAGCAAAAUGACUUUAAGAUUCCAAAAACCAAUGAAAAUGCUCACAUAAGACCAUGUACUUCAGGUGAGAAAUUAGCAAGGCCAGAGUACAAUUCAAUUAUGUGUACAAUCAAUAAAUUAAAUCAAUUGGAAAAACAAAAAAUUGUGACUGAUAUGGAGCAUUUACCAGCCACCUAUAAAAACCUUAUAAAUGGAAAGAUUUCUAGCGCUCUGGAUUUUCCUCUUGAUGAAGCAAUUUAUAAAAAUUUGGUGGAUUUGUCCAUCGACGAAAAACAAUUGCCAAGCAGAUUAACUCGUAGUAGAGAUCCAGAGCCAAGGCAGAGAGACGCUGUACCUGUACUUUCUCACUUUUUCACACCUGUGUCUUCCGAAGAGUAUUGCACUCCCGUCUGUAUAAAACCGAGAACUCCAGAGAGUAUAGACAGUUAUAGCGCCUUUAGAAUAAGCGACAAAAUAUUCGAAUGGAAAGACAUUUUGGACCAUGUUUAAUAUAGUUCUAAAUAUGUUCACGUAUAACUUAUUUAUUAAUUGCGAUUUGGGAAACACUUACUUUGGUAGAUGUAUUUUUUCAUAAAAUGUUUAGUAUUUUUUUAUCAUGAAAAUUGUUCAUUAAGUAAUCCUAAUAGUUGUUUUGUGGAUAUACAUUGUGAUUUGAAACACAGUGUAAAGCAAUAUAUACAAUAAAUUGUUUAAUAUAAU